AGUGAAACUUGGAGUGCCAGAAAGAUGUGUUAAGUGAUAAGUUAUAUAUUUAUUAUGUGUUGUGUUCCAUUAUUCAAAUAUCCCUGUCUUCGCAGUCCUUCACUAUGUUGGUCUUCAAUAGUACCAAUGCUCCCCCUCUGAUCUUCUUCCUGACGGGUAUCCCAGGCCUGAGAGCAGGCCAGGUCUGGAUCUCCAUUCCCUUUUGUCUCCUCUAUGUCAUCGCGCUCUCUGGAAACAGUAUGAUUCUGUUGGUGGUCCUCGGUGAGCAGAGCCUCCACGAGCCCAUGUAUUAUUUCCUCUCCAUGCUUUCAGCCACCGACCUCAGCUUAUCCCUGUGCACACUUUCCACUACCCUUGGUGUUCUCUGGUUUGAAGCCCGAGAGAUCAACUUAAAUGCUUGCAUUGCCCAGAUGUUCUUUCUCCACGGGUUUACUUUUAUGGAGUCUGGGGUUCUGCUGGCCAUGGCCUUUGAUCGCUUUGUAGCCAUCUGUGACCCACUGAGAUACACUACCAUCCUCACCAAUGCCAGGAUUGCCCAGAUUGGGGUAAUCAUGUUGAUAAGGAAUGUUGCUGUCAUGUUGCCAGUCGUGCUCUUUGUCAAGAGGCUGACCUUCUGCAGUUCUUUGGUCCUUUCCCAUUCUUACUGCUACCAUGUGGAUCUCAUUCAGCUCUCUUGCACAGAUAACAGAAUCAACAGCAUCCUCGGUCUGUUUGCACUCUUCUCCACUACAGGGUUUGACUGCCCUUGCAUCUUGCUCUCUUAUAUUCUCAUCAUCCGAUCUGUUCUCAGCAUUGCUUCCUCAGAGGAGCGGCGGAAAGCCUUCAACACCUGUGUAUCCCACAUCAGCGCUGUUGCCAUCUUCUACAUCCCUCUCAUCAGCUUGUCUCUUAUCCACCGCUACGGCCAUUCAGCACCUCCAUUUGUCCACACCAUCAUGGCCAAUGUCUUCCUGCUCAUCCCUCCUGUACUCAACCCUAUCAUCUACAGUGUGAAGACCAAGCAGAUUCGAAAGGCCAUUAUCAGGAUCUUAUUUCAGAAGCAGCGCCAAAUCUAAUCGCAUUAUUUCAGAGUGAUAAAGCCAUUUAUGAAAAAAAUGUUCUGAAAUAAUCAGGUGAAAU